AAAGCGGUAAUGACCCUGCAAAGACGCCGUAUGUAAGCUACAUUCAAAAUUUUUUGUUUUGUCUUUUCCUGUGCAGUUGCAUUUACUCUGCGCGGCCUUUUAAAGACUAAAAGAGAAGGACAGUACUGCUCUAUCAAUGAGAUUUAAAAGGUGACAUUGUGCUGGUUUGAACACAUAGCCUGCACCAUGGGGAAGAGAUACUACUGUGACUACUGUGACCGGUCCUUUCAGGACAACAUGCAUAACAGGAAAAAACAUCUGAAUGGCGUUCAGCAUCACAGGGCGAAAAAAGCCUGGUUUGACCAUUUUAGAGACUCUGCAGCCAUUCUGUAUGAUGAGCAAACAAAGAAACCCUGUAGGAAGUUUCUCCAAAAAGGAAUUUGUGAUUUUGGCCCAAACUGCAGGUUUUCUCACAUGUCCGAAGAGCAGCUGUUCAACUUAAAAAGACAGGUGGAAGAUGAAAGGCAGAACAGAGAAGACUCUCAGGACAAAAUUAUGCCUGGACGAAAUGUUGAAGAAUGGCUUUCCAGAAGGGAAAAGAGGCGAACUGCCCUCAGUAGCAAAGGAGAUCUAAAAAAUAAGGAAGACAGUGAAGAGGGCCAAACAGAGAGUGGCAUAAUUCAGCAGCUUCUUUCUAUUCCUGACCUCCCACCUUCACUUCUGCCUCCUCCUCCAGGCGGAUGGAAAGUCAAAGUGAACACUGAAUGGGGCUGAGACAUAUUCACUUCAAAUCACUGUUAAAUGGAUAUGUGGCAUCAACAGAAGUUGUGGCUUACUCGACUGUGGGGUUGGUUUAAAGAUGCUGUUUUUACAGUUUGGCUUUGAUUGAAAUAUUUAUAACUAAAAUAUAGCAAUAGCAAUCCCCCAACACUUAUUAAAAAUGCCUACUUGUAACACACUUUCCUCUUACUUUAGUACAUUUUGGAAGUUUUCUUUUGAAUGAUGCUUUCAUAAUGUCGGUUCAUAUUUGUCAUAGAGAAGCAGAAUUCCUCUUUGGAUGUAUGAAAUGUGUUACAUUCAAUCCUCACCACUCCCAAACAGGCCUACAGAUGGAUCACAAUUAUCUUAGAUACCUCCACUCAUCAUCUAUUGGCUCUUAAUUGCUUCUCACCCUUUGUUGUAUCUUUAAAAAGUUUGCAUUAUGUUAAAACAAUGUUAAAACUCCGUACUACAUACUUAUGUUAGACUCAGAUUCAAUUUUUUUUGUGGAGCCCACAAGAUCAAAGAUUCAAAAAGUUUAUGUGUAUAUUUUAACUUCCGCUUCCAUCUUGGUCCAUCAGGGUAGCGGGUGGGGGGGGCUGUAAACUUGUUUUGUAAUAUCCUAUGCAAACAAAAAAUGUGAUUACUAUUAAUGUAUUAUUAUUUGUCAUAUGUUGACUUUCUCAUAAAAGAGGUAA